AUGUCCAAUUCGGGUCUAGCUGAUGUUUGGAUUGAAAGUGGACUAUACGGCCAGUCUACUGUAGAUGGAAUGUUAUCCGGAAAAAAAUAUAACAAAGCGAUACGAGCGCAUAAAUUAACCUACGACAGUCUUAUGAGAAUACUUAUACCUUUUUUCACUACAUGGCUUAUCGAGAGCAAAAGUCCGUCUGUAUAUUCAUUAAAUCUAAUCAAUUUCUACAUAGCAGAAAUUCGCGACGAUUUGAAGACUAAAAGAGAUGCGUUGCCAAGUUUCUUGAAACUAUCCAGUUUAACAGGUGAACUAUUCACAGACUUUGAGGAGUUUAUAGAGGCACAAACCGCUACCACUAAAUACUGGUGUAGGUACUUGAACUUGGUAGAGAUUUUGCUAGAAUUCCUGUUUGCCGAAAGAAGUGAUAUGAAUAAACUUCGUAACACAGCACCAAAAGUUUAUGAAGAGUUUAUAGAGGGAAAUUUUGUUGUAAAAAGACUGAGUGGAAAUUUUAAUCAACUUCCGGUAGAUCAAGCACUGGAGCACAUAAAUAAAAGUUCAAAAGAUGCAGGAGGCAUAGUGGGAUUGACUAAGAAUAGUAGUAUGUUGGAUGAAUGGUUUUUGAGUUACAAUGUUGUUGGAAUGAUGAUAGAUGAAUUUCGAAGUUCCUUAACCAGUCAAAUUAAUAUAUCUAGCAAAAAUGUGGAAUGUGGCAAUAAACGAAUGAAAGUUGAUGAACGAUCUGUGCAGAAGUUAUUUAGUGAAUUUAUUAGAUUUAAUGUGUUCUCCAAAAGCGAUGAUCGGCUUUUAGUUAUUUCAACUAAUGAAGUUGCAUCUGAUAUCGUGCAAACUUCCUUAUUAGAUGUGAAUGAUAUUGGCGAACAAGCCCUAAAAAAAUUUUCAGAACACACCGGCGUUAAAGUAGUUGCCGGUGAUAAAAGAAAAACUUUUCGAAAAGGUCAGGAAUUUUUGCAGAAAAUAUUGGCAGCCAAAGAAAUGGGAAGGCAUAGUAACUAUGCAGAUAUUUUUAAACACGAAUUGACGGCAUAUCCAAUGUCACUGGCACCAACAGGAAUAUUAUCUACUCCUUCAAACAAAUCUAAUUUAGGAAACAUUAUAGAAAAAUUUACUAGUAGUUGCAAGGAUUUACCACCGGGAAAUAGUGGUGAAACUUUCCACGUAUUUGAUGGAAUGGCAUUGAUACAGGGACUUGGAAAACCUACGAAUGCUAGAACGUUUGGAGAAUAUGCAAAUAUUUUAAAAGCAAUUGUAUUUAAGAACAAAUAUAAUGCCGGAAGAAUUGAUUUUGUCCUAGACCAUUAUGAAGAUUUUUCGAUAAACAAUUGCAGAAGAGAUAAGAGGGGACAUAAAAAUGACGCCAUAGAGAGAGCCAUUGAAAGCUCAAACACAUUAUUACCUCAACAAUGGCAUUUAUUUAUCCAUUCAAUUGCUAACAAAAAGCAACUUACCGACUUCGUGGCUAAUCAGUUGUACGAACAUUCACAUAAUUUCGAAGUUAAAUUUGUGACCAGUGGAGGAUUUUUUGAUGUCAUGCAGUAUAAAUCAAACUAUGAGGCAGAAAGUGACUUGUUAACUUCGAGUCACGAAGAGGCUGAUACAAGAAUCAUACUACAUAUAUUAUCUGCAAAAAUGGAAGGAUAUACAAGAUGUAUAUUAGAUUGUAAAGAUACAGAUGUUCUGCUAUUAUUAGCCCAUUUCAAAGAUAUACUGACGCUGGAAAUUUGGAUGAAAGUUGGAACCAAAGAAACCGAAAGAUUUAUAGCCAUCCAUGAAUUGAAAAUGGAUAGUUCAAUGACAAAAUGUCUUCCAGCGUUUCAUGCACUGACUGGUUGUGAUACAACCAUCCAGUUUGUAGGAAUGGGCAAAAAAGCAUGCUGGAAGAUAUUUUUAUCGCACCACAAUUUACUUAGCAAUGUUGGCAUGAGUGACAAUUUAGAUGAAGAAGAUUUUAAAAAAAUGAUCAAAUUUGUAAUACGAUUUUAUACAAUCAACGAAAAUAUUCAGUGCAUAAACGACCUUAGAAGGAUUUUAGCGUCCUCAAAACCGAUCAGCAAACUACCUCCAACUUUAGAUAGUUUAAAACAGCAUUGUCUUCGUGUGCACUACCAGACAAAAAUAUGGCUGAAUAGUACGACACCCAAACCAUCUUUACCAGAUGUAUCAGAUUGCGGCUGGAAAAUUGUUGAUGGAAAACUGUUACCAAUCUUAACUACAAUAUCAAUACUACCUGAGGACACUUCGGCUCUUAAUACUUGCAAUUGUAAAAAAGUGGAUAGAGACUUAACAGGUGCAGAGCUCCAGAGAGUAAAUUUGAUUAACAGAGAUGAAAUCACUUAUUUGACAAGAAAACACGACAUCGAUAACAAGAAAGACUGCAAUGAAAUGGUAGCUGCCGCUACAAGAAUGGAAAAAAAAAUUGCUUUUUUUUACAAUGAUAUCUCAGUGGGUCCGGAAAUACCUGAAGAGGUGCUACUAGUGCCUGUUUCUUCAGAAGGAAAUGAAGACUAUAGCCUUGCAAGGGUAACAAUUACCAGUCAACCUACAAGUACUACCAGCCAAGCUACUGUUAGUACCACCAGUCAAGCUAUUGUUAGUACCAAUGAAUCCGAUACUUCGCUUGCCACAAAACUUGCCUUUUUGCACUCAAAUGUUCAGUUGGUAAAACCAAAUGAAGAAAUCCGAGCCAAAAAAGCACGUAUCAUGAAAGAUUCAGAGGUUGAGGAGAUCAUUGAUUCCAGUUGGUGGGUCACUUAG